UCUUGCAUUUCUCAUGAACUGUGGAGUCGUGUUGGGUUUCUACUGCUGGGAUUGGGAGUUCAUAACUGCCCUUCUUCUCUUCUGAUCACAAACUCUUCAAUCUCUUCUCAAUCAUUCUCAAAAAUGGAGGAAGAAACUGAGAAAGGGUUGUUGGAGUGUGUCAGAAAAUUCUCAACAGCACCGUUUUUGUUGAAGACAUAUAUGUUGGUUGAGGAUCCUACGACCAAUGAUGUUGUGUCGUGGAAUGAUGACGGAACAACGUUUGUGGUGUUGCAACCUGCAGAGUUUGCUCGUGAUCUUCUUCCGACUCUCUUCAACCAUUGCAACUUCUCUAGCUUUGUUCGCCAGCUCAAUACUUAUGGUUUUCGUAAAGUUAGAAGAAGCAGAUGGGAGUUUUGCAACGAGCGAUUCAGAAAGGGAGAGAAAGAACUGUUAUGCGAGAUGAGACGUAAGAAGUCAUGGGUAAGGAAGAAGCAAAAUGAAAGGUCCUUAGCAUCAAGGUUUUCUUCAAAUUAUGCAGUUCUGAUGGAUGAAAACAAGCGACUGAAGAAGGAGAAUAAGGUGUUGCAGUCAGAGCUUACAACCAUCAAGACCAAGUGCAGGGACUUGCUCGAUUUGGUCACCAAAUAUUCAUCUGCAAAGCCAGAACGACUCAGAUUCGAACAAGUCCAAGAAGAAUCAUAGGUCCAAAACAACAACAAA